GUCAGAUUCUCCUGGCCAUUGUGCAAAGUACGGCACAUAUUCUUUGAUCGAAGACCGAAUAAACAAGGUUUAAGAUGUUCAGCUUGUACAGAGCUCAGAAGUCCCAAGUAGCAGCUGGUGUGAGUUAGAGGGUCUAAAGCGCAGCAUAAGGUUUCUGACUGAGCAAAAUAUGCAAGUGUCAGCCCUCAUCACAGACAGAAAUCGGCAGGUUGCCAAAUGGGUGCGGGAGGAGUUGUGUUCAAAGGGAACCAACCAUUUCUUUGACAUAUGGCAUAUUGGCAAAAGUGUAGGGAAAGCUUUGGAUGCUGCUGCAAAGGACAGGGAUUGUGAAGAUCUGAAGCUGUGGAGGCCAGCUGUAAUUAACCAUCUCUACUGGACUGCAGCUUCCACUCCUAAUGGAGAUGCAGAUGUGAUGGAGGCUAAGUGGAAAAGUAUGGUCAACCAUGUUCAGGACAUCCACGUACAUGACACUCCUACGUUUCCCUGCUGUGCACAUCUACCUCUAGAGGGGGAAACAAGAAACAAGGCGUGGCUGGAACCAGGAUCAACUGUAGCAGUUAAACUGGAGAGUAUAGCUUCUAGAACAGCGCUGGUGAAGGAUGUUCGUCAGUUGUCCCCACAGCAUCAGACCUUUUCACUAGAGGCAUUUCACUCUCUCAUGCUGCACUUUGCACCAAAACACACUGGUUUCUCCUUCCUUGGAAUGUACAGCCGACUUCUCCUUGCGGCCCUGCACUUUAACCACAACUCCGACAGACAAGAUGCUCAAACCAGUGAUGGUGAGGCGCGUUAUGCUGUUCGCUACCCUAGGUUCCGCAAAGGUGGCUGGGUAGUCCGUCCUGUUAAGGAAAAGCCAUCAUACACAUAUGCAUCAUCCUUCAUGGAGUCUCUUAGAGUGGAAUAUUCAAGGUCACCACAGAGUCUACGAGAAUCCAGCACUGUUCUGUUUUUAAAUGCACCUGCACCCCUCUCCAGCUCCUACCAGAGGAUUGACAAGGAUGAGGCUGUUGGCUUAUAUAAAGCACAGCAUUCAAGAUUCAACAUACGAUAACGCAGUGGUUAUCAAACUGGGGGCACUGAGGUGGUACCAGGGGGCCCCAGGUUAAUGCCUUCUUAUAAAAUAAAGGGGCGGUUUCCCGGACAGGGAUUAGACUAGUUCUAGACUUAAACACUUUUAAGAGCUCUCCAAACUGAAAACAACUUGCACUUACAUAUCUUAAAAUACAUCAGGGCCCUUUGUUUUACCUCAAAAUGCACACAAGUACUGUUUUUAGUAAGGCAUGUUUGUUAAAACUAGUUAUAUUUCCUAAUUAAACUAAGGCCUAGUCCUGGAUUAAGCUAAUCCUGGUCUGGGAAACCGCCCCAAAAACAUCAUAAAUCCUGUGUAAUUAAACCUCAGAAAAAAGGCUACUAACCAAUACCACUACAGUGUGUGUGUGUGUAAUGUAAUGUUUUGUUUACUUCAAAUUUUAAGUUUCGCAAUGUUUUGUGUCAUACACUUUCUUUGGGGGGGGGGCACGAAGAGAUGCCAACAAAGUUUGAGAACCACUGCCUCCCAAAUUACUGAAGUUACUGAACAAUUAUGAAAUGCUUUUAAACGGGUGAGAUGGUGUAUUUCUCUCUAGGUGCUACAUAAAUAAAAACUGCAUUUAAUUUACCACACAUGCAGAUCUGCUUGGUAUAUAUUUGAUGUAAACUAUGGUAAAUUAAGACAAAUAGUAAUUUCUUUGUUUUAUUCAUCACCAAAAUGGGGCCAUUCAAAGCCUUUAUAAAGACCACCUUCCUCCGGAAACUGGCUUCUAAUAGCGGACACAACACAUGCAGGUAAUGGCUUUCUGAUGUGUCUGCCCAGAACACCAUAGGCCCAGCGGACAACCUGCCUGUAUGCUGUGUAGCGGUACUGUCUGGAGAUGGGGACAAAAUAUGUAAUUAUUGU